AUGUCGCCCUCAAGCUCGUCCAAGGACAAGUUCUACGAGAAGGCCAUCAACCCCUACCUUCCAGAGGUGAUGAAACACCCUCAAACCAUGGAGUUGAGUGAGGGGGUGUUUCACACCCGGGACGUUCAAGGGCCAAAGAAGGAGGGAAGCGAGAAGGCCAGGCUUGAGGCGGUGGAGCAGGAAAUCUUCAUGUGUCAAGGGAUGGUGGAGCGCGGACUCAGUGCCAACCACUCCAUGAUCAUGGAAUUCAUCCAUGAGCACAAGGGGGACAACAAGGAUAUUGGAGAGGCCAUCUUCAAGCUUGAUGACCGGGUUAAUCAUCUCCAAGCACAAAUCUAUGACCUACAAAAUCAAAACUGUGAGUAUGAGUCCAGGUUUAAAAAGAUGAGCCUAGCUGCAGAUUUCGGGAUUCCGGAAACUCGUUCUUCUUUCUUUGAUGAAAAGCCCAUGCCUUGGAAGCCAGAAAACAAGCCCACUACUUCAUCACCACCAUCACCGAAGAACGAAGCUUGA